UCAUGCUGCUGCCAAGUCCAGAGUCUCUCAUGGGUCCCUGUACGGCCUCCCAUUGCUGCUGUCUCCAUCGCCACACUCUGCCAUGUGCCACUUUCAGGUCUCCUCACACUGCUGGUGUGUUCAAUUUUUUGACAUAGGGUGCUGGCAGAUUACGGGCCUCCCAUAGCUGCUGCCAGGCCCCUAAUCUGCCAUGGGCCCCUAUACCGCCUCCUCAUGCUGCUGCCAAGUCCAGAGUCUCUCAUGGGUCCCUGUACGGCCUCCCAUUGCUGCUGUCUCCAUCGCCACACUCUGCCAUGUGCCACUUUCAGGUCUCCUCACACUGCUGGUGGUUUCCAUUUUUGUCAUAGGGUGCUGUAUGGCCUCCCAUUGCUGCUGCCUCCACCGCCACACUGUGGCUCCACACUCUGGUUUUGGCCCCGUGACUGCCCAAAUGAGUGAAGUGUGCGGUGAUUCUAAGAUCGACGGCACUCAUCUGCAUGUCAUACUGACUGUCAGUAUUAUUUCUCUUCCCCAGCAGACUCCAAGGGCAUUUAAAUUAAAGGUACAGUGUUCUGCACUAAUAUAA